UUGACACGGAUAAAUACGAACGCGUCUUUAUACAAGUAUAUAUCUAAAUAAAGAGUAAACGCGUAAUUUAUUUUGGUCUGAGUGGGUUGCCGUAGUCAUAUCAUUCGUCCUUGCUUGCAUGUGGGUUAAAUGGCAUAACACUUCUCACGUAAGUUAUUAUAUUACAGUUACCCGGUGAACGGACAAAAACUCUCAAGGUGAGUGUAUAUAAAUAUUAAUAGCAAAUAAAAAGUAUAUAUAUUUGUAGCCUUUGUUUAUCGAUACUAUCUUCCACAUUGUAUUGCAUUUUCUCCAGUAAGUAUAUAAAACACAAUGCAUCAGAUUUCAUCUGUUAAUCAAAUGUCAUGAACUCCCUCCCGUCUCCUUUUCAGACGUUGAUGUCUAGUUUUUCCCUCAUGGGUUUCAUGUUAUAAGACAGAAUCAUGUUUGGAAGACGGAUUCCCUUUCAUCAGAUCGCGGUGGCGACCCUGGUCGGAGUGAUGGGGGGCGUGUACGUGUACAGACCCAUGUUUGAGCCUCCCAAAAAACCUCAAUCUGCACCAGAUCAAGAGCUCGAACCCCAACCACAGGAGCAAAGAUCAAGCAACCACACAAGAGACUGCUAACAUCUAUACACAUGAUGUGCCUGAAGUUGAAUGUUUGUUAUCUUCAAUUUGUUGUUUUCAGAAUAAAUUACCUUAUUAAAAUUCUAAAACGUUCUACUGUA